AUGUCUGUCCAAUUACAAGAUCUCAUAACCUCACUAGUUGAGAGUGCUCCGUCAACUGAGCUUUCUAGCGUCGCUGAGAACCUUGGCGCAAUCACAACCGGCAUUUCGAAAUCUACAAUCGAGAAUGCUAUUGCCGAGUUCAUAAACUCUACACCUAUCGCCAUAUCAGGCUAUAUAAUAAGCAAAUUUAACAAAGACUCCCAGUCAUCUAAAUAUAUUGAUUUUGUUAAAGAAGAGAAAUUCAAUUUCGAUGUCUUAAAAAACCGGAUUAUUGAUGUUGAAUCUUAUUCUACUGAUGGUCAAAUCAACGCCAACUUGGUUAAGAAAUUGGAAGAGUAUGGUGAGGACUACUACCGGGACUUUACAUUUAACAUUAUCCCAGAAGGUUUUGCCGACGAUAAUGACAAAUCAUUUCGCAUUAUUAUUAUUGGGCAAAAACAAAAUCAAAACAAUUUCUACACUGGAGCAUGGAGAAGCGAAUACAAAGUAAAUGGUGAUCAGAUCACUGGGGUCGUGGCAUUAGAUAUACAUUAUUUUGAAGAAGGCAAUGUUCGGUUAAAGUAUACCGAUGAUGAAAUUUCAGGAACCCUUGGCAAAAGCGGCGAUGCCAGUGGUAUCGUUAAUUUCAUUAACAAACUGGAGAAUGCAAUUGAAUUGAAAAUUAUUGAACAGUUUCAAAGUUUGAACCAACAAUCAUUUAAGAAUUUAAGACGUGUUUUACCUGUGACUAGGUCAAAGAUUAAUUGGGGUAACGCUAUCGGGAACUAUAGAUUAGGUUCUGAUGUGGUGAACAAGAAGUAA